AUGCAUGCACUUGCUUAUUGUUCUACAGCGUCUCAGUGUUGGGAGAAAGCUCCAAUACAGCUUCCAUUGCAGCAGGAAACCAGUUUUGUCGACUGGUGUGUAACUGUCUUCAACACAGCCACUGUAGAGACCCGAAAAUUGUUUUGUACUUUGUGUUGGGCUUUAUGGAGUGCAAGGAAUGAUAAGGUAUGGAAGAACAAAGACACAAAUGCCUCCUUUAUUUUUGCAUUUGCCACAUGCUAUCUUGAUCAAUGGAAGUCGGCUCAAACUCCUUAUUUGGAGACAUCACGGACAGGUUUGCUGGUUAAUGUGGAUGCAUCAAUUUUUGGAAGCAGUCAAGAUUAUGGUGAUGGGAUUGUGGCAAGGGAUGAACAUGGCUAUAUGCUAGAAGGAGUGUCUCGGUUGUGCCAUGGAAACAUUCGACCGGAGUUAGCUGAAGCAAUUGGAGUUCGAGAGGCUCUUAGCUGGAUUAAAGAUAAGCAAUGGCCAAAUGUGAUCUUAGAAACUGAUUGUUUGGUGGUGUAUGGGGAUGUCCCAACUGAUAUGCUUCCUUUUUUGGUUGCAGAAUUUGAAGUUUAA